AUGCCAGAUUCAGACCUCGCCGUUUCACUUCUCAAACCCGAGGAAGCAGAUCAAUAUAUGCGUAUACGGCACGAGGUCUUUCGCACCACCAUCAACAACAUCCUCUACUCUCGGGGCGAGCCAUCUCAGAAAACACUCGACAGAGUCACAGAAGAUAUACGUGAUGGCGUAAUCAACAAGGGCAUACUCUACCUCAAGUGUGUCGAUACCUCGACUGGUGAGAUGGUCGCAGGGGCACGUUGGCGCUACGUCAAGCCCAAAGAAGAAGGCGCGAAGGAACGUACCUGGGAAGAGGUAGAUGCUGGUUUCACCAUCCCAGAACCGUACGACGAGAGUGACCCAGAGCUCUUCAAAAGUCUCUACACUCUGUUCAACUCGAACAAGCGGGAGAUUCUAGGCAACAGACCCUACUAUGUGUUGGAUACGUUAGUCACACUCCAAGCCCACGAGAGAAGAGGAGCCGGAAGCAUGCUGGUAAGAUGGGGCUGUGAAAAGGCGGACGAGGUCGGUGUCGAAGCCUUUCUCGAAGCCAGUCCCAUGGGGGCCCCAAUGUAUGCGCGACAUGGUUUCCAGCCAGUUAAAGAGGUGAGUAUCGAUCUGAGACAGUGGGGUGGAAAAGAGUUGAUGAAUUUUAUCAUGGUCUCAGCGCCUUCAGACGCUCCUUUGGGUGCAUCUCAUCCCACCAAUACUACCGCCCAGGAGCCACCAGCACCUAAGAGCUUCUCGUGUGUACUAUGUGCUCAACGAAAAGUCAAAUGCGAUAAGCGGCCGGAUGGUUGUGCGAACUGCACCAAGAUCCGGGCUCGAUGUGUUUACAAGGCCCCACCUCCAGCCCGACGAAGAAAGAAGGGGGUGCGCGAAAUCGACGUAGCUACCAGGUUACGCGUGUACGAAGACGCGCUCCGCCAACUCGGAGUGGAGCCAGAAGACUUGGUCAAGCAACACUAUGCGAAGGCUACACGUGGUGAAGAGUUGGUGACUGGGUUCAAUGGUUUCUUGGAACCACAUGGGCCUAGUCGAGCGCGAAAAGCACACGUAGCAUCCGAAGUUGGUGUCCUCGUGUUGGAAGAGGGUAGAUCGCGAUACUUGGAGAACGGAUUAUGGACAAGCUUGCACGCUGAAUUUCGUGAACCCAAGGACAUCCUCGAUGAGUCUUCAGAUGAAGAGGUGUCCGGAGGUAGCUACGAUGUCCCACUAUCUCCGUCGGCCACGGAUGGCGCCGCACUGGUCAUGGGCGUGCACUCAACGUCGAGCAAUCUUCUGUCUCUACACCCGAACCCGGUCCAGAUCUUUAAGUUAUGGCAAAGCUAUCUUAGAAACAUUCACCCGCUGGUCAAAAUCUGCCAUGCUCCGACGACUCAGCAGCUCAUUUUAGAUGCAAGUGAUAAUCUCCAUGCUCUUCCCCGAGAUAUCGAAGCCCUUCUAUUUGCUAUCUACUGUAUAACUGUGGAGUCGUUAGAGGAUGUUGAGUGCCUGUCGAUACUGGGAGAGCCGAAAGGCAUAGCGACUCAACGAUUUCGGCAAGGUGCUCAGCAUGCAUUGGCCAAUGCAAACUUCUUGAGGAGUUCCAGUGUCAUGCUGCUACAAUCGUUCACUCUAUUCGUUCUGUCUCUCCAGGACUUUGACGCCAGAGUGAUCUGGAUCUUUUCCGGUAUCGCGCAAAGGAUUGGCCAACGCAUUGGUCUUCAUCGCGAUGGCGACACUCUAAAGCUACCGCCAUUCGAAGCAGAGAUUCGUAGGCGCCUCUGGUGGCAGAUCAUGGUGCUCGAAGGCUCUUCCCAGAAGCUCGCUGGAACUGGCACAUCUGGUAUGAUCCUCCGAGGCGACGUCGGAAUGCCAUCCAACAUCAAUGACAGCGACUUAUUCCCAGGAAUGAAGGAGAUGCCAAGGGAACACGACGGCGCAACCGACAUGAUGUUUUUCCUUAUUCGAUGCCACGUUGGAGAUUUUCUCAAGCGAUCAGCGGAAGACCAUACUACUUUUGAUGGUCUUUGGCACCGACUCAGCACAAGCGCGGUACAAGUGGCUACCAAAGACAAAGCCAUCAAUGAACUCGAAAAUGUUUUCCAGCGGAAAUUCCUACGUUAUUGCGACCUAUCCAUACCUUGGCACCUACUAUGUAUGCAUCUCGCCAAGUCUGUCCUCUUCAUGAUGAGGUUCAUGGCUCACAGCACCGACUCUUACAACGUUGAUAUCUCUCCUAAGGAAAAGGACAUGUUAUUUGAUCUGGCUCUCCAGGUCGCGACUUCGCAGAACCUGGCAUACACUACGAAGGAGCUGCGUGGCUUUAGGUGGCAUGUCAACCUAAAUUUCCAGUGGAAGGCUUUCAUAUACCUUAUCUCUGAGCUCCGUCAUCGGACUGGAGGAGAGAAGGUAGAUAAUGCUUGGGCAGAAAUUGAAAAGAGCUACACUUUCCACCCUAGUUUCGAUAGGGAUCUCUCGAAGCGAGCACUUCCUAUAGCCGUUGACAACCUCACGAUCAAAGCUUGGGGCGCCUACAAAGCAACGCAGGGCGCGCUAUGUACUUCUGAACCUCAUUUUAUUGAGCUUAUACGUCAGCGUCAGCGGCAACGCCGUCAUCCAGAUCUGACCAACUCUGCCAUCACCAACACAGCCCUGCCGGCAAUGAGUUGGAGUAACGAGGAAAGCACGAUCGAGGAUCACAUUCAAGAGAUUCCUAACGCAAACGAUGCGAACUCUUUCGACUGGGACGAGUUCAAUGCUAGUCUAGGUCCACCGGAUGAUGUAAUGGACCUGGCGUCUUUCGAGUUUCCAGAGCCAAUGAACUGCUGUCUCACUUCGGGUGAAUAUUCAGAUCUGACUAUCCAAUGCGGCGAUGACGUCUACAAAGUCCACAAAGCUGUCGUGUGCACACGUGCAGGUUUCUUCGCUCGAGCUAUCAAAUUCGGUGGCAAGCUCCUCAGUCAUUCGAAGAUGUACGAGAUUGCCGACAAAUAUGAGGUCACUGGACUCAAGAAGCUGGCAUGCAAAAACUUCGCGCUUGCUUGCUUAGCUUUUUGGGACGACGAGGCAUUUCCCAUUGCCAUCAAACAUGCCUUCUCUACGACCAUAGCCGAGGAUAGAGGCUUGCGAGACGUCAUCAUCAAGACCGUCUCUGACCACGACUCACUCGUAUGCAAGGCGGAGAUUCAGGCUGUAAUGCUAGAGCACAGUGACUUAGCUGUAGGUGUUCUACUGAAGAAGGCAGGCUAG